CUUGCUCAUUGCGUUUGCGUCAGAGUUUGAAAACCUCAGUUUUAGCUUCACACUUUGCAACUCUACUUCCUGUAUUUUCACGCUGGUUUGGAGACAUCGUUACAUUUUCUGCCGUACACAGCGAGGGGUUUAACAUUUAUAUCGACCUCCAGAUCGGCAUCAGGUCAACGUAUAAACUAAAGAUGACAAUGGUGACUAAUCGGCUGUGUUUGUCAGUUCUUGUUUUGCUGCUCGCUGCGAGCACUUCGGUCAGGUCAAGAUAUCUCCGGAUGAAGAGGGAUAUCGGUCUCAACCCAAUGUUCACAAAAAACAAUGACAGUACAGCAAAUGUAACUGAAGCUCAGGCUAUACAGUUGACCACUGUACAACCUUUGGCUUCAUACACAACACAUGCGACAGAGGAAACUGGAGAUAUCUCAAGGAUGAGCUCGGAUCAUCAACAUGCCUCAGAUAUGAACCACACCCGAGAAAGCAAAGUGAACGAGACUUCUGAAAAAAGUAACCACACUGCAGGAACUGAGAGUAUGACGGUCCAUCCGUCAAAAGGUAAUGAGACAACUUUGUACACCCAAGCACCCGUAAGAAAUGCCAGUACUGGACGCAUUACACAAACAGGAAGUACUGCCCCCACGCUUCCUGCUUCGCCACUGCCUGGUAAGGUGACUGAAAUGCACACAACGGCUUCUAAAGCAAAAACUACCACUACAAAACAGACUUCAAAGGCUCUUCCGUGUCCCACCGCCUCUCUGAAUAGAGAUGGGCUCGUGAGCCGAUGCCUUAUCGCCAUCGCCUCAGUAGCUGCCGUGACAACCAUCUUCAUCAUUAGCACCAUCUGUCUGGCUACGAAGCUCUCGACAUACAGAUACAGAUACAAAUCACGUCUUCUCCAGGAGACUGAGAUGGUUUGUAUUUCUGCUUUGAUGAACGAUACUGAUCACCCUGUCCCGAAGCCGAGACACCCCAAAAGUAAUGGAGCUUUAAUCCCCAACGGUGAGGAUGGAGAUCCUGAUGGAGAUAAUCUCACCCUCAACAGUUUUCUUCCUGAUACAGAGGGCCCACUUUAGAAGUAAAGUUCAUUUCACAAAAAUCACAUUGACAUGCAUCAUGUUUGUUUUUCGAAAUGCAAGGAGGACAGAAAUGUCAAGUGAACACACUUCCCCAAAACAGUGCAGGGACACAAUUUCAUAUUUAUUGUAAGGGUGGGAAACACAUCCACUGUGCUUUCUACGCAUGUACCUUUUAAAGCUUAUAUCAAUAUUUGGAUCGACCCUAUUCACCUUCUUUCUGACUUAUAGGCACUGUCAUAUUUAAAUAAAUGAUGAACUGUCUCAUUGUGCAACCCAUGCAGGCGCAGCUCUAGAAACGUCUGCUUUCUGUUGCUUAUGAUCAAAACAAUGCUAGGGUUUCCUGGCGAGUUUCUCACUAAAUGAGAAAGAGCAUCUAUAUUACAUUUAUGCAUUUGGCAGACGCUUUUAUCCAAAGCAACUUACAUUGCUUUAUCCUUUACAUUUAACAUGGGUAUUUGCAAUCCCGUGGGAUAGAACCCACAACCUUGCGUUGUUAACGAAAUGCUCUUUCUACUGAGCUACAGGAAAGCUCUGUAUUCAAACUAUAUUCGUUGUUUUUGUAAGUGUUGCUAAAAACAUUUUUUGUUGUUGUUGUGCAGUAAUGCACCUUAACAACUUGGUUCGUUUAUAUUUUAAUAACUUGUUUUAUAUUGUAUUAUUUCAUGAUUUUAUGCCUAAAACACUUUUAAUAAUCUUUUAUUGAAUCCUUUCAGCGUAGAAAAACCGUACUGCUGUCUUAAAAAGUGUAGGCUUUAGUUAAGCUUGGCAGAAUGUGUUGCUAAAUAUAUUGUAGAAUAUGUUCUAUUCCUAUCUGAGGUUAAACUUGUGCUAUAUAAUUUACUUUAAGUAAGUGAUGUUUGAGAUUCUUCACAGCCUUAUACGUUCGGAGUGUAACAUAUUAUCAUUGUGAAUGUACAUGCAUGUAAAGCACGAAAAAAAUAUUUUUACUGAAUACUUUUACAUUGUAUGCGUGUUUGAAAUAAAAAUGCCUUGACCAAAGUAAACGAAGUAUGCUAUAAUUUGGGAAAACGUUGUGACUAAGAACAGUAUUUCAAAGAAAAGGUAGCUUUAAUAAACUGUCAGUUUAUUACAUUUAGGAUCUGUUUGUUCAUUUUUUUUAAAUGUAUAAACAAAUUAGAUUUAUAUGGAUUAUGUAUCUUGGUGUCAUAUAUGUACAGUCUAUACAUUUGUGACCUAUUAAAAAGCAAUGUUUUUGCUCUUGGA